UAUUGUCAUUUAGAAAUGUAUACAUGCAUUAAGAAAUGAUACAAUGUUUCUCCAGAGUGAUAUCACAGAAAACAGGACAAACCAAAGACUAACACUGACAGAACCACAUAAUUAUAACAUAUAGUUACAGCAGUGCAAAGCAAUACCAUAAUUUGAUGAAGAACAGAUUAUAGGCACAGUAACAAAAAGUCUCAAAGUCCCGAGUCCCCGAUAGCAGGCGGCAAAAGGGAGAAACUCGCUGCCAUUAACCUCCAGGCACCGUCAACUUGCCGAUACCUUGAAAGCAGCUGACCACAGCCGACACUGAGUCCAUCCGUCCGAAAACUCCGAUCUUCCGACCAGCCUCCCGAAUGCUAUCCUCUGCCGAGCGCCUUCGACCUCUCUCCGGCCGCUGAAAUACGCAAAGUCGAGGAUCUCGAGGCCUUCUGCUCCGGAGAUUCCGGUUACCACACAGUAGCAGCGGCAGCGAAGCGGGCAUUUCAGAAAUUUUCCAGAUGUUCCUCCGUGCUCUCACAUUUAUCUCCAUCAAAUCAGGGUUGUGCACGAUCCCCUACUUGACAGAUAACAGAUAUCUGCCGCCAUCUUCUCCCCCCCCCCACCCCCGGGGUUCUGUGGGUAAAAAAACCUUGUUAAUGAGAGAGGUCAGAGGAGAAUGUGCAGACUGGUUCAAGCUGACAGGAAAGUGACAGUAAAUAAAACAACCACAUGCAACAACAGUGGUGUGCAGAAGAGCAUCUCUGAAUGAACAACACAUCGAGCCUUGAAGUGAAUGGGCUACAGCAGCAGAAGACGAUCAACUUGCAGUCAGUGGCCACUUUAUUAGGCAGAGGGGGUACUGAAUAAAGUGACCACUGAAUGUGUAUGCCAUAACAUUUCUUUUUCACACUACAACACUGCAAUUAAGCAGAUAUUUCAUUAAAAAUAAAUUCCCAAUAACCCUGGCAAUGCAGUGUUACUGUUAAUUGCAAUAAUGCUUUCUCAAGGAUCUCAAUGCUGACACUGCUGUGAUUUAAACUCUGAAUUAUCCAAACAUUUCUUCAGAAUACUGGUAGCGGGUAUGAUAUACUGUACAGUCAGAAUCUCCAGCUUCCCAAGGCAAUUAAUGAUAGUAAUUGAACCACACAAAAAAAGCAGCGAAGGUUUCAUGUUCCACUUAAUCACAUCCAAAAUAAAUAUAGAUAUUCGAAACAACUCUUCGAUUGUUCAGCUCGUUGUUGUGUUCUUCCUAUCCAAUUCCACAGCAACUUGGUAAAGCAACUUCUCUGCACAGGACUGCAAGAAACUGCCCAGCUCAGCACAUCGUGGAAAUCAGUCUCCACUUUGUGGGCUCUGUGUACACUUCUCAGUGCCUUGGUAAAGCAGCCAACAUAAACAACCUCCCUCCCCUCACCUACCCCAGAUGUUCUUUCUUCUCCUCGCUUCCAUCAGGCAAAAAAAAGAUGCAAAAGCCUGGAAGCAUAUACCACCAGGCUCAAGGACGACUUUUACUCCGCUGUUUAACGUUAUUGAACCCUAGUGCAACAAGAUGUACUCUUGACCUCACAAUGUACCUUGUUAUGGGCUUGGUCCGAAUUCUCUGCCUGCACUACACUUUCUCUGUAACUGUAACACUUUAUUUUGCAUUGUGUUAUUGUUUUACCUUGUGUAAUGAUUUGAUUUGUAUAGAUGGCAUGCAAGACAGGUUUUUCACUGUACUUCAGUACACGUGACAAUAAUAUAUCAAUUUACCAAUUUGUGUUCCAAUGAACCACUGUGUUCCUCUGUGUAGGGAGAGGGGGAGAGAGAGGGGGGGAAGGGAGAGUGGGAGGGGAGGGAGAAAGGGGGAGGGGAAAGAGGAGACUGGCUUCCACUGGGUGGAGCAAGUGUGUGCCUCAGGACUAGCAACACUUCUAUACCAGUGGCCACUUAUUUCAAUUCUAUUUCUCAUUCCCAUUCAGACACAUUUAUUACUCUACUGCCAUUUGUAUUUUGUUUGAGGAGCCUCCAACCUGAUGGCAUGAACAUUGACUUCUCUAAUUCCCAGUAAUUUCUCUCCCCUCCCUCCUUCUCUCUUUUUCCAUCCCUCAUUCUGGUUCCACUCUCACCCUUUCUCUUCUCCUCACCUGUCCAUCACCUCCAUCUGCUUCCCUUCCUCCUCCUCUUUCUCCCACGCUCCACUCUCCUCUCCUAUCAGAUUCCUUCUUCUUUUUCCCUUUACCUCUUCCACCUCUCACCUCCCAGGUCCUCACUUCACCCUCCACCCCACCUUCCCCCUCACUUGGUGUCACCUGCAGGCUGGUACUCCCCUCCCCCCCUCACCCGACCUUCUCAUUCUACCAAGGGUGGUGGUGGGGACAGAUACAUUGCGGAUAUUUAAGAAAUUCUUAGAUAGGCACAGGGAUGAAAGAAAAAUGGAGGGUUAUGUAGGAGGGAAACAUUAGGUUGAUCUUGGAGAAGGUCAAAAGGUCGGCACAACAUCGCGGGCCGAAGGGCCUGUACUGUGCUGCAAUGUUCUAUGUUCUAUAUUCUGGUUUCUUCCCUCUUCCUCCUCAGUCCUGAUGAGGGGUCUCGACCUGAAACAUCAAAUGUUUAUUCAUAAAUGCUGCCUGACCUGCUGAGUUCCUCCUGCAUUUUGCGUGUGUUGCUCUGGAUUUCCAGCAUCUGCAGAAUCUCUUGCAUUUAUAAAUCCUCGCGUAAACUGUGAUACUUAGUUCCAAACAUCAAGCUUUAUAUAUAUAUUUUGUUUCACUCGCAAGGGGGUGGAGAGAGAGAGAGAGAGAACGAUCGUUGCUGUGUGCUCCCGGACUAACAGCAUCAUGCUGAAGUCUCUAUUCCCUCUGAAACCUGGGGCGAUGAUUCUUUUUCCUGCGACUGCAUAGCCCGCACAAUGUUGGCGACUGUGGUUCUGAGGAGAUAUCAUGCUGCUCUGCUCGGGUCUGCUUCAGUCUGAUUUCGCCUGCCGCAGACCGGGGAGUCUCAGCGCGCCGAGUCCAUGAUGCCCGGCUGCCCGCCGCCGGAGGGGAGAGCAUGGGAGGACGGCGAGAUGGGAGGGCAGAGAGGAAGGUAAAAACUGCGCGCCGUGCCCAGCAAACUUGGGGAGAUGUUUCCCGCGGCUCGGCUGACGAGACAAGCCCCGCUGGAGGUCGCUUUCGUCACCCUGCUGUUACUGUGCGGACCCUGCACCCAGCAAAGUGACUCCAAGCAAAACCGACCCAAGGGGAGGCACUGGAAAGGUGGGCUUAAAGAAUUGCUUCGUAACCGACGCUUAUCUGGCCGAGAAAAGCAUUGUGUCGUCCCACUUUAUCAUUACAAUUACUACAGUAAGAUCUAUGAGAUGGAUCUCCCCUGUGUGAAGGACCUCGCAAAGAAGAUACUCUGGUUACAGUCCACCACCACCACCACAGCCAGUACCACACUCAGUCGCAAAUCUUCUUUCAGUCUGAGUCAGAGCCCAGGACUUAUGGAGAGGUUACGUAAAGGAUGCUUGCCUCAUCGAGAAAAAAUGUGUAUCAGCCAUCUUCUAAAGCUGGCCAUGCCCAGACGGAGACAUGAGAUGAAUCUUCCGUGUGCAAAGGACCUGGAGGCGAAGCUGCUGGGGUCAGCCAGCAUGUCCACUACAGCCACAACCAUCACCGCCACUCCUUACGGUGUCACUGUCGUCCCAGGGUAUUUGGCAAUGAGUGGGAUGCGUCGUUUCACACAGCAGACAAAGCAUUGCAAACAAGAUUACCACAGAAGGACAUUGCUCCAUCCAACGAGCUUGAAAUUCCGGAGGUUUUAUCCCUGCAGGAGGUAUCCGAAAACUACAGGGUCCAGUCUUGAAUCCACAGAGCCCGCCACAACCCCAUUCAACUCCGCUCAAAGCUCAGGAUCCCGACUCCGACAGGAGGACUUCCCGCCCCGAAUUGCAGAGCACCCCUCCGACCUGAUCGUCUCCAAGGGGGAGCCGGCCACGCUGAACUGCAAGGCGGAGGGGAAGCCGAGCCCCACCAUCGAGUGGUACAAGGAUGGGGAGCGGGUGGAGACGGACAAGGACGACUCCCGCUCCCACCGCAUGCUGCUGCCCAGCGGCUCCCUCUUCUUCCUGCGCAUCGUCCACGGGCGCAGGAGCAAGCCGGACGAGGGCAGCUACGUCUGCGUGGCCAGGAACUACCUGGGGGAGGUCGUCAGCCACAAUGCCUCACUGGAGGUGGCCUUGCUGCGAGAUGACUUCCGCCAGAACCCCACUGAUGUGGUGGUGGCAGCUGGUGAGCCUGCCAUCAUGGAGUGCCAACCCCCUCGCGGCCACCCGGAGCCCACCACCUUUUGGAUGAAGGACGGCGUCCGCAUCAGUGACCGCGACGACCGUAUAACGAUGCAUGGAGGGAAGCUGAUGAUAUCGAACACCAAGCGAAGUGAUGCUGGGACCUACGUCUGCGUUGGGACUAACAUUGUGGGGGAAAGGAACAGUGAACCUGCCGAACUGACUGUGUUUGAGCGACCCACCUUCAUGAAGAGACCCAUCAACCAGGUGGUACUGGAGGAUGAGGCAGUGGAAUUCCGUUGCCAGCUACAGGGAGAUCCACAGCCCACUGUGAGAUGGAGGAAGGAUGACACAGACAUAGCUCGGGGCAGGUACGAUAUUAAGGAAGAUAACACUCUACGCAUCAAGAGAGUAAGCAGCAAUGACGAGGGAGCCUUCACCUGCGUUGGAGAAAACCGGGUGGGCAUGGUGGAGGCCACCGCUACACUAACCGUACGAGCACGCCCUGUCGCUGCUCCGCAGUUCGUCGUGAGGCCGAGGGAUCAGAUUGUGCCCCAGGGUCGGACGGCCACCUUUCCCUGCGAAACGAACGGAAAUCCACAGCCAGCCAUCUUCUGGCAAAAGGAAGGAAGCCAGAACCUGCUGUUUCCUAACCAACCACCACAGCCAUCUAGUCGCUUUGCUGUCUCCGCUGAUGGGGACCUCACCAUCACCAACAUCCAGAGGUCGGAUGCUGGUUACUACAUCUGCCAGGCCCUUACAGUGGCGGGAAGCAUCCUCGCCAAGGCUCAGCUGGAGGUGACCGAUGCUCUGACGGACAGACCACCUCCAAUCAUUCGACAGGGUCCGGCCAAUCAAACGUUGGGUGUGGACGGGACUGCCUUGCUGAAGUGUCAGGCCACCGGAGAGCCCAUCCCUACGGUCAGCUGGCUGAAGGACGGUGUCAGCCUCCUCGGGAAGGACCCCCGGAUGUCCCUGCAGGAGCUUGGAAGUCUGCAGAUAAAGAACUUGAGGGUAACGGAUUCUGGAAUCUACACGUGCGUAGCCACCAGCUCAAGUGGAGAAACUUCCUGGAGUGCGUUUUUGGAAGUGCGAGAGUCAGGGCCAUCGACGGUCAAUGUUAAAACGGAUGCGGAUGCUCUUCCGGGAUCACCCUCCAAGCCCCAGGUUGCGGAUGUCACAAGGAGCAGCGUCACCCUCACCUGGUUGCCGGGGAAACACACCGGGUCUUCACCUGUCACGUCGUACAUCAUUGAAGCCUUCAGCCAAUCUGUGAGCAACAGUUGGCAAACAGUGGCAGACCGGGUGAAGAACACUUUGUUCACUGUCCGGGGCCUGAGGCCAAACACUAUCUACCUCUUCAUGGUGCGUGCCGUCAAUGCGCAGGGAGUCAGUGAUCCCAGCCAGAUGUCCGACCCCGUCCGCACUCAAGAUAUCAGUCCCCCGGCACAAGGCGUGGAUCACAGGCAGGUGCAACGGGAGCUUGGCGACGUCAUCAUACGGCUGCACAAUCCACUAGUCCUGACACCGUCUAGUAUCCAAAUCACCUGGGCAGUUGAAAGGCCAUCACAGUUCAUCCAGGGCUACCGGGUGCUUUUCCGUCAAAUCUCCGGCCUUCCUUCCCCAUCGUCCUGGCAGUUGAUGGAGGUGAAGGUACCGACGGAGCGCAGCGCGGUCCUAUCCAACCUGAAGAAGGGAGUCAGCUACGAGAUGAAGGUGCGGCCAUACUUCAACGAGUUCCAGGGGAUCGACAGCGAGUCGAAGACGGCACGCACUAAUGAAGAAGCUCCAGGAGCCCCGCCCCAGUCAGUGACCGUGCUGACUGUUGGAAACCACAACAGCACCAGUAUCAGUGUGUCCUGGGAUCCUCCCCCUGCAGAGCAGCAGAAUGGAAUCAUCCAGGAGUACAAGAUAUGGUGCCUGGGCAAUGCCACGAGAUUUCACAUCAACCGGACAGUGGAUGCAGCCAUUCGCUCAGUGGUGAUUGGUGGUCUUCUCCCAGGGGUCCAGUACCGAGUCCAGGUCGCGGCCAGCACAAGUGCAGGGGUUGGCGUGAAGAGCGAGCCACAGCCUAUUGUCAUCGGGAAUCGCGGCGACGACAUUUUCGUGACCGGGCCCGGCGGCAAUAACAGCAUCACAGAGCAGAUCACGGAUGUGGUGAAGCAGCCGGCCUUUAUCGCAGGCAUCGGUGGGGCCUGUUGGGUCAUCCUGAUGGGCUUCAGCAUCUGGUUGUACUGGCGGAGGAAGAAGAGGAAGGGACUCAGCAACUAUGCAGUCCAGUCUUUCACCUUUACUCCAGCAGUGACAUUCCAACGUGUUGAUGGAGGAAUGAUGAGCAAUGGAAGUAGACCCGGCCUGCUUAAUCCUGGUGAAUCCAGCUACCCCUGGCUCGCAGACUCCUGGCCUGCCACCAGCCUCCCCGUCAAUGGCAGCAGCAAUGGUCCCGGUGACCUGGGAGGAGUUGGCAACUUCAGCCGCGGAGGCCAGAGCGAUAAACUGGGAACUAUGCUAUCGGACAGCGCCAUUUACAGCAGCAUCGAUGUCACCACCAAGGCUGGCUUCAGCAGCCCGGGACAGGUCACCCAGGCCACGCCGUAUGCCACCACCCAGAUCCUCCACUCCAGCAGCAUCCAGGAGCUGGCUGUCGACCUGCCCGACCCCCAGUGGAAGAACUCCGCCCAGCAGAAGUCCGACUCUUCCGGAUGCACAUACUCUCUGCCGGAGCAGAACAAGUUCAACAAUGCCCUGCUUAUCAUCCCUGACUACCGAUUGGCUGAGGGAUUGUCUAACAGAAUGCCUCACAACCAUUCUGAGGACUUCAGCACCUCCAGUUCCCACAACAGCUCAGAAAGAAGCCUCUCAGGUGGGAAAAGUGGGAAGAAAAAGAAAAAUAAGAACAACAUCAAACCACAUAAGAACACAGGGUCCAACUGGUCGAACGUACCUCUGCCGCCUCCCCCAGUGCAGCCGCUCCCCGGUACCGAGCUGGACCACUACGUCAUGGACCACCACGAGAAUGGCUAUGACAGUGAUGGCUGGUGCCCACCUCCACCUGUGAAGUCGUACCUGCACCAAGGCAUGGAAGAUGAACUGGAGGAGGAAGAGGACCGGGUUCCUACACCCCCCAUCCGAGGUGUGGCUUCCUCACCUGCCAUAUCCUUUGGACAGCAAAGCACUGCCACACUCACCCCAUCUCCUCGUGAAGAGCUGCAGCCCAUGCUCCAAGCCCACCUGGACGAGAUCAGCCGAGCUUAUCACUUUGACAUCUCAAGACAAGCCUGGCAGAUGCAGGCCAGCUCCCUCCCUCCGCAGGCCCCGGCUCUACCAUUAGGCUACAUCUCCGGAACGUUAAUUUCAGACAUAGAGACGGACGUACCCGAGGAGGAGGAGGAGGAUGAGGAUGAGGAAGAGGCUUUGGAGUUGGCCAGACCUCUGCGAGGAAUGGGGCAUACCCCAGGAUCCAGCAUAGACAACCUCGACAGCUCGGUCACAGGUUCAAUGGUCAAUGGCUGGGGUUCUGCCUCAGAAGAGGAGCGUAAUAUGUCUAGCCGUCGAUCUAGCGCGGCCAGCUCCUCUUCCGACUCCAUCUUUACCGAUGGCGACUUUACCCAGGCAUUGGCCACUGCGGCAGACCGCGCCGGAUACAAGAUGGAGGGCACCAGUCUCGUAAAGACAGGUAAAGGGUAUACCUCUUCCCAACGACUUCGACCCAAUAGCCCUUUCUCCACCAGCAGUAGUGUGAGUGGGACCCAAAGCCAGUGCCAGAGAUCGAGACCCCCCAAGAAACACAAGGCAGCUGGAGGUCGACUGGAGCUGCCUUCCGUACCACACCGUCGGGAGGCAGGUGCAGACGACCUGCCACCUCCGCCUGACCCUCCGCCAUGCCCAGGUUCAAAGCUCCAUUCUGGUCAAGGAUUGAAGACAAUGGGGCUGGACAAUUCUCCAGAGAGCCAGCAGGUGAUCUGCCUCGACGAAGACACAAACUCAAUGGACCAUCUGCUCAAGACAUCUCUAGAAGGUCAAGUGAAUCAGGAAGACUUGCGAAACAAGCUGCAACACAAGCCAACCAUGGGGUCAGAAGAAGUUCUUAUCCCGUACAGCAAGCCGAACUUCCCCUCUCCGGGCCACUUGAGUGGUCAAAGUUCUUCAGGAACCGCCUCGUCUAAGGGGUCAACUGGACCCAGGAAAGGAGUGCCGUCACGAGGAGGCCCAGCCAUCGCGUGUCACCAGCGGAACAUUAGUGAGCUUCCAGAUGUAGGAUAUAUGGGGUCAUGUGGCCAAGGACAGUUUCUAGGGGAUGUAUAGUGAAGAAGAACUGAUCCUGAGAUUCAGCGUUGCGAGCCCCGCCUCGUGGUUGCCAUGGCACCUGUGUGGUGCAAAGAACCUCUUCCUUAUUUAAUGUAUUAUGACAGAACCUGUAAAUGUGAUGUAAAGUCCGAGAUACCACAGCCACAUGUGUACCCCUUCACCCCACCAUGGUCUUUCAGUACAUUGUCCAUGUACACCCUCCUCUCACCUCACCACGUCUCCAUCACUCCCCUUUCCUUCUUCCAAAUCCCACCCCUUCUUCUUCCCUGUAAGCCCAUCACACCCUACUGGGGCAUAUGCUACCAAGAGCAGCUCACCUGAGUCCUCUGCCCUGGGCAGAUAGAAGGGGGUCGGCCCUGUGGCUUCCAGUUUCACCACGACUUUGUAUAUCUUCUAGGCAAAGAGUCUUCCUCUUCCAGGAAUGAGGACUUUGGAGCUUCCGCUGCCCUUUCUGUAGCUCUGGGUUUUUUAUGGGAUGGGGUUGCUAACCCCAGGCCCAACCCCCUUCCUUUCAUAGCCGGGCUCAGGACCAUCCAUGGCAGGGUUAAAUCCCACCCACAAAGUAGAAAUGUGACAAGGAAGGAUAUGAGAAGUGUAGUUGCUAUAAUGUAAGAGAGAAGGGGGGGAGAGAAGGGGAUUUCUUGUGUAAAUACUUUUUGUUGCAUUGUUAAACAAAACUCACCUUGUUCUUUGACUUUGCAUCUUGUAAUGUUAUUACAUUUUUUUAUUGGUCUAUUGUACUAUAUUGUCGAUUGACUGGGCAGAAAUGCCAUUAAAAACAGGAACACACAAAAAUAUGUAUUUUUAACAUUGUUACUGCAUUACUUUCUGUUUGUUUAAUGUUGUGUUUUUUGAAGUUUGCACUGAUGAUUUUGUUUUAGUGAUAAGCACAAAAGUUUAAAGCUCCUGAGAAAAUGCUGAAGAGUGCGAAGCUGGUCGGAUGGGAAGAGAGGGGGAUUUAGCUCACCGCGUGUGUGAGCGUGUAUGCGUGUGAUAUGUGUGCGAGAGUACAUGGCCACGUCUGCUGUUGUGAGCUUGCGUGGAUGAGUGAUAGAGGUAAGUGUGGUUUUCUGAGCAUACACUUACUGGCCACUUUAUUUGAUACCUGCUGUACCUAAUAAAGUGGCCACUGUGUGUACUUUCGUCGUCUACUGCUGCUGUCACCCAUCCACUUCAAGUUUCGAGAUGUAGUGUGUUCAGAAAUGCUUUUCUGCACACCACUGUUGUAACGUGGUUAUCUGAGUUACAGUCACCUUCCUGUCAGCCUGUACCAGUCUGGCCAUUCUCCUCUGACCUCUCUCAUUAACAAAGCGUUUUUGCCCACAAAACUGCUGCUCGCUGGUUGUUUGUUUUUUACAUCAUUCUGUGUAAGCUCUAGAAACUAUUGUGUGUGAAAAUCCCAGGAGAUCAGCAGUUUCUAAGAUACUCAAACCACCCUAUCUGGCACCAACAAUAAUUCUACAGUCAAAGUCACAUUUCUUCCCCAUUCUAAUGUUCGGUCUGAACAACAAUUGAAACUCUUGACCAUAUCUGCAUACUUCUAUGCAUUGAGCUGCUGCCACGUGAUUGGCUGAUUAGACAUUUACAUUAAUGAGCAGAGGUACAGGUGUAUCUAAUAAAGUGGCCACUGAGUGUACAUCAUGUGUGUGCAUGCGUGUUGCAAGUGAGUGCACAUGGGCAUGCGUAUGGUAUUUGUGUAUGGUGUGUCUGCGUGUGUGUAGGGGAUAAGGCACAGAAAAUGCUGCAUUCUUCUGGGACCCUGUGACCUUUGAACAGCACAACCAGAAAUGGUGUCUAAGUGGGUCUGAGGCUGUUGCAGGGAGAGUCCCGUUCACAUGUCACUCAGGGACACAGUGCUGGAAAGUCAGCCACGGAGGACUGAACAGCAGGCCUCAUCAACCAGGCCGAAAAAGUAAGGCGUUGCCAUUCACCCAGAGGAUGCCCUCUGUCCCCGAUUACCCCUUGCCCUCUCAUAAUUAUUUAAGACUUUUUCCUUCUUUCUUAAUAUAAAAAGAGGCAGCCCAUCUCCCACCCGCCCACCCCCACCACUUUAAACCUGAAAAGACAUCACCUUGUUCUGCCAGGAAGUGGCAGCUUUCCAAAUUCGCCACUGCUGACCAAGGAGAGUUUCAAAGGAUGCUUGAUGUCAAAUAUAGUCUUAAACAUUAAUCUUAAAGCAAGGUCAGGAGCCUUGCUAACGCUGUUAACGGUAAAAUAAAGUGUGUGUCAGUAUUAAGGAAAGUUGUUCAUGGGUCUAUAGUAUAUUGAUUAAAGGCUUGAUGUU